AAUAAAAGUAGCAAAAGCGGAGAAAAGCGAACCAGAAAGUCCAACCUCUCUCUCUCAGAUCUUAAAUAAUUGAUUUGAGAGCCAAAAGCAAAGCAAAGAAACACACCAACCCCCAAUUCACGAUCUCAUUCUGUUAUUUCUUUUGAAAAAGAGAGUGAAACCGCCGAACCAAACAGUCAUGAACUGACUCAGAUCUGCUUCUUCUUCUUCUUCACCAUUGCUUCCAUCUUCUUCUUCUUCUUCUUCUUCUUCUUCUUCUCUCUCAGGGGACUAGAGUAUGACAUCUCUGGUUGAAUGACACCCAUUUCUUCAGUGCUCCAUUCAUGAUCUGCGUAGCAUUGCUGUGAAUUGAAGAAAAGAUGGAAACUGGGGUAAGCAACAAUGGUAAUGAGGCGUGUACCAUAUCCAAGGAUACCUCAUGGUGGGGUCAAUUCCGUAAUGCAUCCAAUCCUGGGAUGGCAAGAUAUGUCUAUGCCUUGAUGUUUCUUGUGGCAAAUCUGUUGGCAUGGGCUGCCCGUGAUUAUGGUCGUGGUGCUUUAACUGAAAUGGAGAGAUUAAAAGGAUGCAAUGGUGGAAAGGACUGUUUGGGUGCUGAAGGUGUUUUGCGUGUGAGUUUGGGUUGCUUUAUAUUUUAUUUCAUAAUGUUUUUGACAACUGCCCGCACUUCUAAACUAAAUGAAGUGAGAGAUACAUGGCACUCUGGAUGGUGGUCAGUCAAGAUUGUUCUCUGGGUUGGCAUGACUGUCAUCCCAUUUUUACUCCCUUCAGAAUUUAUACAGAUUUAUGGGGAGGUGGCGCAUUUUGGUGCCGGGGUUUUCCUCCUAAUUCAACUAAUAAGCAUUAUCAGCUUCAUUACUUGGCUAAAUGAUUGCUGUGAGUCAGAAAAAUAUGCUGCAAAAUGCCAAAUCCAUGUGAUGUUAUUCGCAACGACUGCAUAUGUUGUCUGUUUGGUGGGGAUCAUUUUGAUGUUCAUUUGGUAUGCACCAAAGCCAUCUUGUCUGCUCAAUAUUUUCUUCAUUGCUUGGACACUAGUACUUCUCCAACUUAUGACAAGUGUGUCUCUGCACCCAAAAGUGAAUGCUGGCAUUCUAACUCCAGGGCUUAUGGGGCUUUAUGUUGUCUUCCUUUGCUGGAACGCUAUUAGAAGUGAACCUGAUGGAGGAAGCUGCAUCAGAAAGUCAGACUCUUCCACCAAAACAGACUGGCUAAGCAUCAUUAGCUUUAUUAUUGCAAUACUGGCAAUUGUUAUUGCGACAUUUUCAACAGGCAUAGACUCCAAGUGCUUCCAGUUCAGGAAGGAUGAUGAUAUACCAGCAGAGGAUGAUGUACCAUAUGGUUAUGGCUUCUUCCAUUUUGUUUUUGCCACAGGAGCAAUGUACUUUGCUAUGCUAUUGAUUGGAUGGAAUAGUCAUCAUUCUAUGAGAAAAUGGACAAUUGAUGUGGGCUGGACCAGCACCUGGGUCAGAAUAGUAAAUGAAUGGUUGGCAGUCUGUGUUUAUUUAUGGAUGCUCGUAGCACCAAUAAUAUGGAAGAGCCGACAAACCGAUUCUACUUGAGAACUCCCAAAUGUCACCAUUCUAGUUUUUAAUAUUUGGUUGAGGAUUAAGAUCUUCAGAUAUUCCCAUAUCUGAGCUGUAGUGCACUCCUCCAACACUGCCAGAUACUCAAAAAAGUAGUUUCAGCAUCCGAGGAAACUCUAAGGCAGAAGAAAUGGUUCUUUAGAUGGCUACUGCACAAAAGCAAUGGUCCUCAAACAAAUGCGGUGUACUGGUUGGAUUUGUUUAGGAUUUAGGGUUUUAGGGAUUAACAAAGAAAUACACCUUUUACCUGUACAUGUGUCAAAGAGGGAGCAUAAUGUAAUUCAAAAUGAUUUAAUAGAUGCUCAUUAGAUUUUUCAAUCAUAAUUUUUGGAGUUA